GUUCGGUCAGUCACUAACAAGGACGUGGGCCUAAGGGUGCUCCGUGAAGCACCCAUACAAGCGCAGAGCAUCGACAUCGUCGCAGUCCACGGUCUCGGCGCCCAUCCCGACGACAGCUGGUGCAAAAACGCGGGCACGGCAGAAGAGCCAAGAUGGCGCAACUGGCUUAUCGACAACGACAUGCUGCCAGUGGUAGCGCCAAAUGCGCGCAUUAUGCGGUACGGGUAUGAGUCGCAGUGGUUUGGCAAGGAGGCGAUGCAGCAGAGCGUGUCAACUGUAGCUGAGCGGCUGCUGAGAGCGUUGAAGCGGGAGAGAAAGGAUGUCCCGUUUCGUCCGCUGGUGUUCGUGGCGCACUGCUUUGGCGGGCUGGUUGUGCUAAAGGCACUCCUAGAAGCCGAGCAGUACCCAAACGAAUGGCCUGGACUGUUCUCGUCGACGACUGGCCUAGUCUUCUUCGGUACGCCGUUUCGAGGCGCUGAGGGGAUGGACCAGAUGGAGAUGCUCGAGGCAGCACGGCGUGAGUACCAUGAGGACCAGUUGCAGCCUGCCGCGCUUGAGCUUCUUAAAGAAGAUGCGAGACCAGACAAACAAGACUCAGAUCGUCUGCUUCUUUGA